CAUCUGCUCCUCUGCAAACAGCAACAAGGCCCACCCCAUCACAAAUGCCAUUGAUGGGACCGAGCGCUGGUGGCAGAGCCCCCCUCUUUCCCGGGGGCUGGAGUUCAACCAGGUCAACGUCACUUUGGACCUUGGACAGCUCUUCCACGUGGCAUAUGUCCUGAUCAAAUUUGCCAAUUCCCCUCGUCCUGACCUUUGGGUGCUGGAGCGAUCAACUGAUUUCGGCCUCACCUACGAGCCCUGGCAGUAUUUUGCCUCUUCCAAGAGGGACUGCAUUGAGAAGUUUGGACAGCACACCGUGGAUCGUAUCACCAGGGAUGACCAUGCCAUCUGCACUACUGAAUACUCCCGGAUCGUGCCUUUGGAAAAUGGGGAGAUUGUUGUCUCCCUGGUCAAUGGGCGACCCGGAGCCAUGAACUUCUCCUACUCUCCUCUCCUGCGGAAUUUCACGAAAGCCACCAACAUCAGACUGCGCUUCCUGCAGACAAACACUCUGCUCGGGCACCUGAUGGGCAAAGCUUUGAGGGACCCUACGGUGACAAGGAGGUAUUACUACAGCAUCAAAGAUAUCAGCAUCGGCGGGCGCUGUGUCUGCCACGGCCACGCAGACGUCUGUGAUGCCAAGGACCCCAAUGACCCUUACAGGCUGCAGUGUGACUGCCAGCACAACACCUGCGGCGGGUCCUGCGAUCGCUGCUGCCCCGGCUACAACCAGUUCCCGUGGAAACCUGCCACUGCCGACAGCGCAAACGAGUGCCAGCCUUGCAAUUGCAAUGGCCAUGCCUAUGACUGCUACUACGACCCAGAGGUGGAUCGCCACAAAGCCAGCAGGAGUCGUGAAGACAAGUUUGAAGGGGGAGGUGUUUGUAUUGACUGUCAGCAUCACACCACCGGCAUCAAUUGCGAGAGAUGCAUCCCGGGAUACUAUCGGUCCCCUGACCACCCCAUCGACUCUCCAUACAUUUGCUAUCGCUGUAACUGUGAGUCUGACUUCACUGAUGGCACCUGUGAGGACCUCACUGGCCGCUGCUACUGCAAACCCAACUACACUGGGGAGCUCUGUGAUGCCUGUGCUGAGGGAUACCUCAACUUUCCCCACUGUUACCCUGUUCCAGCUUUCACUCACAACGAUACUGGAGAACAAGUGCUUCCUGCAGGACAGAUAAUAAACUGCGAUUGCUACGCUGGUGGGACAGAAGGCAACGCCUGUCGCAAGGACCCUCGUGUGGGGAUGUGUGUGUGCAAGCCCAACUUCCAGGGAACACAGUGUGACCAGUGUGCCCCAGGCCACUAUGGACCCAGCUGCCAGCCCUGCCAGUGCUCUGGCCCUGGUCAGUAUGAUGGCACCUGUGACAGCGAGACCGGGCAGUGUCUGUGCCGAACAGGAUUUGAAGGGCACUUGUGUGACCAGUGUGCUCCAGGCUACUUCAACUACCCUCUGUGCCAGUUGUGUGGUUGCAGUGCUGUUGGGACGCUGCCGGGAGGCUGUGACUCCGUCGGGAAUUGUUUCUGCAGACCCGAGUUUGCUGGGCCACGGUGUGAGCAGUGCAGUCCUGGGUACCACUCCUACCCCCACUGCUAUGCUUGCUCCUGCGAUUCCCGGGGUGCUGUGGACAACAACUGCAGCCCAGCUGGCCAGUGCCGAUGCCACAUGAAUUUUGCAGGACACACCUGCAACCAGUGUGCCCUGGGCUUCUACGGGUACCCCAGCUGCACUCCUUGCCAGUGCUCCCCGGAGGGCUCCCUGCACAGCACCUGUGACCAGGACACGGGGCAGUGCAGCUGCCGGCCCAAAGUGACGGGGCUGCGCUGCGACAGCUGCGUGCCAGGAGCCUAUGGAUUCCCCCACUGCGAAGUGGGCUCCUGUAACCCAGCAGGGUUGGAGAUUGCAGAUCCCUCGCUGGCCCCGGGCUCCUGUGCGUGUCGGGCAUAUGUUGAAGGCCCAGCUUGUGACAGAUGCAAGCCUGGAUACUGGAACCUGACUCCAGAGAAUCCCUACGGCUGCCUGAACUGCAAGUGUGACACCAAGGGCACCAUCAGCAGAAUCGCAGAGUGCCGGCAGGGCGACGGGCAGUGCUUCUGCAAACCCAACGUGUGCGGGCAGUUCUGCUCGGCAUGCAGGGACGGCUACUUCAAUGUGGAGAAUGCAAAUUACUUUGGGUGCCAAGGCUGCCGGUGCGACGUCGGCGGGUCCCUGGGGCCGUCCUGCGAGGAGCGGAGCGGAGCCUGUCGCUGCCGGCAGAGCACGCGCGGUCCCACCUGCACCCAACCUGCGCGGGACCAUUAUUUCCCUGACCUUCACCACUUGAAAUUCGAGCUGGAAGAAGGCACCACACCGUCUGGCCGUGCCGUGCGCUUUGGCUACAACCCCCUGGAGUUUGAGGGCUUCAGCUGGCGAGGAUAUGCACAGAUGUCCUCCAUCCAGCCCAAGGUAGUGGUGACUCUCAAUGUGACCUCCCCCGACCUCUUCCGCCUCGUCUUCCGCUACGUCAGCCGGGGGCCCGCCAGUGUGGAAGGGAGGGUCUCGGUCGUUGAGGAAGGAAAGUUUAAUGUUUGUGGCAACUGUACAGAGCAGACCAAGCAGAUUGUCUUUGCUCCCAGCACGGAGCCAGCCUUUGUCACCGUCCCCCAGAACAGCUUUGGGGAGCCCUUCGUACUCAACCCCAGCACCUGGUCUCUGGUUGUUGAAGCAGAGGGUGUGCUGCUGGACUAUCUGGUUUUGCUACCCAGCUCAUACUACGAAGCACCAAUCCUGCAGCUAAAGGUCACAGAGCCAUGUACCUACCAACCAGCCCCUGAACAAGCCACCCAGAACUGCCUCCUGUAUCAGUACCUGUCCAUGGACGGCUUCCCUGCUGUGUCAGGGGUGGAUGCCGUGUGCAGGCUGGACAACAGGCUCCCCAGGUUGUGUCCCACAGAGCAGCUCACCCCCUCCCACCCACGGAUGGCCACCUGCAGUGGCAGUGAUGUGGAAGUCCAGCUGUCCCUGCCUGUUGCCCAGCCUGGGAAGUACGUGCUGGUGGUGGAGUAUGCCAACACCAACGCCCUGCAGACGGUGGGCAUUGCCGUGAGCUCACCACACUCAGCCAUGCAACAGGGCACGUUCACCUUCUACCCCUGUGUCUACAGUUUCCUUUGUCGAGGGAUUGCUGUGGAUUCCCAGAGCCGUAUGGCAACUUUUGAACUCACCUCGGAGGCCACCAUUCGGUUCACCUCUGAUCUGGCUGACUUCUUCCUGCACAAGGUGUACCUCAUCCCUGCUGCACAGUUCACCAUGGAGCUCAUCGAGCCGAAGGUGCAUUGCAUCAGCGUCCAUGGCACAUUCUCCUCCAACAGCAGCUCCUGUGUCCCCUCAAGGUUCCUGAAGCUCUCUCAGUCGAUCAUUUUGGAGGGGGCCCAGGCUCUGCCCAUUGCCCCUGACGUCCCCCUGGCUCAGGCUGUCCAUGUGGUUCCAUCUGGGGUCCCAGUGGAGCCUGCUCCUCGUCCUCCCACAGCGAUGGACCCCACUGCAGAGCUCAUCCUCCUGCAGUCCCCACAGGCUGCAGUGGUGUUCAACAGCCGGAUCCAGAGCCUGGGACGCUAUGCUUUCAUCCUGCACUACUACCAGCCCAACCAUCCCACCUUCCCUGUGGAAGUGCUGAUCAACGGGGGGCGCAUCUGGCAAGGUCAGACCAACGCGAAUUUUUGCCCACACGGCUACGGGUGCCGGAGCCUGGUAGUUUCUGAGGACCAGAUUGUCCUGGAUGUCACCGAUAAUGAUCUGACUGUGGUUGUUCGAGUGCCAGAGGGCAAGCAGCUGUGGCUGGAUUACAUCCUUGUGGUGCCUGAGGACAGUUACAGCUCUCAGUACCUGCAGGAGGAACCCCUGGACAAGUCCUAUGAUUUCAUCAGCAGCUGUGGCAUCAACAGCUUCUACAUCAACCCCAGCACGUCGUCGAGGUUCUGCCGCGACUCUGCCAUCUCCCUGUCCCUGUUCUACAACAACGGGGCCCAGCCGUGCCGGUGCCACGAGGCCGGGGCUCGGGGCAGCCAGUGCGAGCCCUUCGGUGGGCAGUGUCCCUGCAAGUCCAACGUCAUCGGCCGGGAGUGCUCCCGCUGUGCCACCGGGUACUGGGGCUUCCCCAACUGCAGGCCCUGUGACUGUGGGACGCGUCUCUGUGAUGAAGUGACAGGGCAGUGCAUCUGCCCUCCUCACACCCUGAAGCCAGAGUGUGUUGUCUGUGAACCCCAAACCUUUGGCUGCCACCCUCUCAUCGGCUGCGAGGACUGCAACUGCUCCCGGCCCGGCGUGCAGGACCUGACAGAGCCAGGCUGCGACGUGGACAGCGGGCAGUGCAGGUGCAAGCCCAACAUUAUUGGGCGACAGUGUGACCUCUGUGCCCCUGGCUACUACCACUACCCCGAGUGCCGGCGCUGUGACUGCCACCAGGCUGGCACCGAGGCGAGCACGUGUGACCCGGUCACAGGGCAGUGUCACUGCAAGGAAAAUGUGGAGGGCCUGAGGUGUGACCAGUGCCGCCUGGGGACAUUUUCUUUGGAUGCCACCAACCCCAAGGGCUGCACCAAGUGUUUCUGCUUCGGUGCGACCGAUCGCUGCCGCAGCGCGGAGAAGCACCGAGCUGAGUUUGUCGACAUGAACAGCGGGUGGCUCUUGUUGGGCAGCGACCGCCACGAAGUGCCAACCACUCUGAGCCUGAGGGAGCAGCUCAUCACCGCUGACCUCAAGAACCUCCCAGAUGCCUACCAGGAGCUGUACUGGGUUGCACCCAGCUCCUACCUUGGGGACCAGGUUUCCUCCUACGGAGGGCACCUGCGCUAUGAGCUGCACUCCAACCCACGGAGGGGUGACGUGUUCAUUCCCAUGGAGUCCCGCCCAGACGUGAUCCUGAAGGGAAACCAGAUGAGCAUUAUGUUUCUGGAAAGCACUUAUCCAUCCCCAGGGGAGGUGCAUGAAGGCCGGCUGCAGCUGGUGGAGGGUAACUUCAGGCACACAGAGACACACAACCCUGUGUCCAGAGAGGAGCUCAUGAUGGUGCUGGCAAACCUGGAACAGCUGCAGAUCCGGGCACUCUUCUCCCAGCUCUCUUCCUCCGUGUCCCUGCGCCGCGUGGUCCUGGAGACGGCAACAGACACAGCUACAGGCAUCCGUGCCAGCAACGUGGAGCUGUGCUUUUGCCCAGCUAACUACCAGGGAGAUUCCUGCCAGGAAUGCGCUCCAGGUUACUACAGGGACACCAAGGGGCUCUUUCUGGGAAAAUGCAUCCCCUGCCACUGCAAUGGCCACUCAGAUCAGUGCCUGCCAGGCUCUGGGAUAUGCCUUAACUGCCAGCACAACACAGAAGGAGACCACUGUGAGCGAUGCAAGAAUGGCUACAUGGGCAACCCCUCUACCCAAGAGCCCCUGCAGUGUGUUGGGUGUCCGUGCCCUCUUUCAGUUGCCUCCAACAAUUUUGCCGUUGGCUGUGUCAACAAGGGCUCCAACAUGCAGUGCCUCUGCAAGCCUGGCUACACUGGACCCAACUGUGAGCGGUGUGCCCCAGGAUACUAUGGCAAUCCCUUGGUGAUCGGCAGCUCGUGCCAGCCCUGCGACUGCAGCGGGAACACGGAUCCCAACAUGCUGUUCAGCAGCUGUGACUCCCUGACGGGCGCCUGCUCGGGCUGCAUGCACCACACGGCCGGCGCGCACUGCGAGGUCUGCGCCCCUGGCUACUACGGGGACGCCGUGGUAGCCAAGAACUGCACACAGUGCAACUGUUCACCUUGUGGGACUGACUCCUGCCACCCACGAACUGGCCAGUGCUUCUGCAAGACUGGAGUGACAGGCUUGCACUGCGACCGCUGUGAGGAGGGAUACUACGGCUUCGAGGGAUGCUCGGGCUGCCAGAGGUGUGACUGUGAUGUGGGCGCUGUGGGGAGCAGCUGCCACGAGCAGAGUGGGCAGUGCAGCUGCCUGCCCGGCGUCAGCGGCUCCCGCUGCCAGCAGUGCGCCCCGGGAUACUGGGGCUUCAGCCAGAGCGGCUGCACAAAGUGUGAGUGCAGAGGGGGCUCCUGCGACCCACGCACCGGGGAGUGCACGUGCUCCAACGGGCUGACGGGGAAGCAGUGUGAUGUCUGCAUGCACAAGUACGAGAUCCCCGUGGCCAACAGCCCCGACGGCAUGAGGUGUGAAGUGUGUGACAGCUGUGUCCUACUCCUGCUGGAGGACCUGCAGAGCAUCGAGAUGUCCUUCCCCUCCAUCCGCGGCCAGCUAGUCAACCUCAACGCCAGCUCCAUCGCCUGGGCUCGCCUCCACGGCCUCAACAGCACGAUAGUGGCCAUUGCUAACCAGCUCCGGGAGUCCCACAGAGCCAUGAGCAGGAUCAGGCAAAGGGCUGACGAGUUGGAGGAUGAUAACAUGGAUCUCACACAGGACCUGAAUGCACUGCAGCACAAAAUGACCAUGACUCACAGAGAAGCGAUCCGUGUUGAUCAGAACACGAAGGAGACCCACCAGAGGGGGGAACAGCUCCUGCUGCACAUCCAAAGCAUCCAGAGGGACAUUGCAGACCUGGUGAGGCAGAUGACCAGAUUUGGGGCAGCAAACACCAGCACCACCUCCACUGAGGAGUUCCGUCAGAAGAUGGCCGAGGUGGAAAGCAUGCUGAGGGAGAUGAGGGGGCGCAGCCUGGGCAGCCAGGAGGAGAUGGCAAAGCGUGAGCACGAGGAGGCUCAGAAGUUGCUGCAUCGGGUGAGGAGUGAGCUGCACGCCCGCUGGCAGUCCAACCAGGACCUGGUGAGCAGCAUCCAGGACCGGCUGGCACAGCACAGCUCCCAGCUGAUGGACCUGCGCGAUGCCCUCAACGAGGCUGUGAACAAAACCAGGCAGACAGAGGACUUGAACAGCCUGAACCGAAACAACCUGGAGGAGAGCCAGCAAAAGAGCCAGGAACUCCAAAAGCAGCACGGGCUGGUGCAGGAGACCCUGCGGAUGGCCAAGGACGCCCUGGGCCAGGUCUCCGACUUCCUACAGAAGAUGGAGCAAGCAAAGGAGGCCUACGAGAAGCUGGCGGCACUGCUGGAUGGGGCAAAGCUGCCCCUGACUGAGCGGGUCAAGAAAUUCUCCCCAGCCAGCAGCAAGAUCCCCAUCGUGGAGCAGGCAGAGGAGCAUGCCCGGCUCCUGGAUGAGCUUGCAAGGAACCUGUCCAGCAUUAUCCAGGGCACAAACCAGGAUGGCUUUAUCCAGCGGGCGAUCGAUGCCUCCAAUGCCUACGCCAGCAUCAUUGAAGCUGUGAAGAAAGCAGAGCAAGCAGCCCACGAUGCUGAUGAGGCAGCCAGCGAGGCCUUGAUGAAUGUCAUGUCAGAAAAUCUUGGGGCCGUCUCCAAAGUGCUGAAAAGGAACAGCAGCAGCCUGGAGGAGGCUGUGAGGAGAGAGCAGACCAAACUAAAUGGAGCUAUUAAAGGCACUCUGCAGACAGCAAAGGACAAGCUGGCUGACCUCCGUGUGAGGAAGGAGCAGCUCCUGACCCAGCUCCAGUCUGUGCAGGACAUGCUGGGCAGGGACCAAGAGGACACAAAGGAGACAAUCCAGAAUGCUAAAGCAGCUGCUGCUGAGGCCAACGAAACAGCUGCAAGAGUGGAAGAUACCCUGAGCACCAUGAAGAAGAACCUGGAUGAGUGGAAAGACCAGUACGGAGGCCUUCGAAAUGAAGACAUGAACCAGGCGGUCGAGGAUGCCAGGAAAUCUGUGUCCAGCCUGGAAAGCACCAUCCCACUGCUGCUGGAGAAGCUGAACAGCCUGGAGAACAGGAGGAACAAAAAUGCCACUGUGUCAGAGAACAUCGUGCGGAUCCGGCAGCUCAUCACGCAGGCGAGGAAUGCUGCCAGCAAGGUGAAAGUCCCCAUGAAGUUCAAUGGCAGCUCAGGGGUUCAGGUCCGGAUGCCCAGCAACCUGCAGGAUUUGGCAGCCUACACAUCUCUCAAAUUCUACAUCCAAAACCCUGAGCCCAAGAGCCAGCAGGACGAGACAGAGGAGGGGCGGUUCGUGUUGUACCUGGGCAGCAGGGAGGCCACAGGAGACUACCUGGGCAUUGUGCUCAAGGACCGCAGAGUGCAGUGGAUCUACAAACUGGGCGAUGAGGAACCAGCCUCCCUGAGUGUCGACGAGGAUAUUGGAGAGCAAUUUGCCACCAUCAGCAUCAAUAGGAUCCUGCAGUACGGGCACAUGUCGGUGAUCGUGGAGAGGCAGACGGUGCACGAGACCAAGGGAGACAGCGUGGCCAAGGGGGAGCAGGGGCUGCUCAACCUCGACCCGCGCAACGUGGUCUUCUACGUGGGGGGCUACCCCUCCAGCUUCACGCCUCCUCCCGCUUUGCGCUAUCCCAACUACCGGGGGUGCCUGGAGCUGGACACUCUGAACGAGGAGGUGGUGAGCCUGUACAACUUCCAGCACACCUUCGAGCUGGACACCACUGCUGAGAAACCCUGCGCAAGGUCCAAGUCCACGGGAGACCCCUGGCUGACUGACGGUUCCUACUUUGAUGGCACCGGUUACGCAGAGAUCAAGUUUGAGAGCCAGUUUGGCACAACCAAGCGCUUCGAGCAGGAGAUCCGUGUGGUCUCCUACAAUGGCAUCAUCUUUUUCCUGGAGAACCAGGGUCAGUUCCUGUGUCUGGCCAUCCGGGAUGGGAAGCUGGUGCUUUACUACGACUUCAGCUCUGGCCUGGAGAUGGCAAAACCCAGCAACUCCUCCUCCCUCACCAUCAGCAGCACCACGAACAAAGCGAUCCAGAUUUUCCUUCUCAAAAUGAAUAACAAGAAGCGCAUCCUGGUGCGGCUGGAGCGCCUCACCAUCUUCGUGGUGGAGCAGGAGAACUCCCUGGAGAAUGCUGUCUCCUACUACCUGGGUGGUGUUCCCCCAGCUGUGCUGCCUCCCAGCUUGAAAGCGCUUUUCCCCACGGGUGGGCCCAUCCGGGGCUGCAUGAAGGGCUUGAAGGCUCUAGGAAAAUAUGUCGACCUGAAGCGCAUGAGCACCGUCGGCGUGAGCUACGGCUGCACCUCGGACCUCCUGGUUGCCCGUUCAGUCAGUGUCCAUGGCCACGGCUACCUGACCCUGGCUCUGAAGGACGUGCCGGGGCUGCGGGACUUCUACAGCGGCUUCAGCUUCCGGACAAGCCAGCGUGAGGGGCUGCUCUACCACCACACCACCCAGGAGGGGACGUGCCAGGUGUCCCUCCAGAGGGGCCAGCUGGCCUUGAACCUGCUGGGAACUGAAGUCACCACUGGCAAUGCCUAUGCAGAUGACAGGGCCCACUACGUGGCCUUCUACAGCGAUGCCCGUGGGGUCCGGCUGUACGUGGAUGACGAGCUGCAGGACACAGCGACAGGCCCCGGGCCCAGCCGGCGGCAGCGGCGCCAGGACGGGCGGCAGCUCUUCCAACUCGGGGGUUCAGCAGAUCCGGGUGCCCUCAGCAACCUCACCGGCUGCAUCGGGAAUGUCUUCGUCAAGCGGGUGUCAGAGCCACAGAUGGUGGUGGACCUUCAGCAGAACGUGGAGAGCAUCAAUGUCACCAUGAGCUGUCUCUGGGGUGAACAGCCGCAGCAGCUCAGAGUGACUCCAAAGAAGGACAGGAGGAAACCCAAGGUGCCAGGCAAGCCUGCCCCCAAGGGUCGCCGCCACGACCAGGAUGGGCUCUGCCAGCUGCACCCCCAGCCCCGCGCAGCCAAGGGCACCUUCCGCUUUGGGGGGGCCCCGAGCAGUCGCUGGGAGUUUGAUGAGAUCCCAGCCUCCUUUGGGUGGAGGUCCCAUUUCUCCCUGGAGGUGAAGCUGAACUCUUCCAGUGGGUUGCUGUUCUACGUGGCGGGUGAGAGGGGCUCCUUCAUGGCUCUCUUUGUCUCCAACGGGCGCUUUGUCUUCCUGGUGGACGUGGGGGGCGCCGGCUGCGGAUCCCGCCAGCAGGGACAGUACCGGGGACCGGCCUGGCACCGGUUGAGGGCAGGGGUCUUCUUCAGCAGAGACCAGAGCCGGGCCCAGCUGGUCAUCGAUGGGCUGCGAGCCCAGGAUGCUGCAGUGGCCACCACAGGGCUCUUUGUGGCCCAGACCCCCUUGUAUGUGGGAGGGGUCCCAGCUGGAAAAGCCAAGGCUCACAUACCGGCUCCAUUGGCCUUCAGCUUUGAUGGCUGCCUGAGGAACCCACAGCUGGAUGGGAGGCCCCUUGGUCCCCCCUCACGCACCUUUGGGGUGACACCCUGCUAUGAGGGCGCAUUGGAGAGCGGGGUCUUCUUCGCUGUGGAUGGCGGGUCCAUCACCCUAGCUAAUGCAGUGGUGACUGAGCAGGACUUGGAGGUGACACUGGAGGUGCGUCCCUGCAGCACCUCUGGCCUCAUCUUCCACAUCGGCACAAGGAGAAGCCACUAUCUCCUGCUGUACAUGGAGGAGACCAAGGUCACUGUGAGAGCAAAUGCUGGGGCUGACGAGUUCUCUGCGUCGGUGACAUGCCCAUCUCUCUGUGACGGGCAGUGGCACACCAUCGCAGUUACCAAAUGGAAAAACAUAAUCCAAAUUGAUGUGGACACAGAAGGCAACCACACAGUGGGACCCAGCCAGCGUCCUGCACCCAGCACAAGGGCGACCUUCUCCAUGGGAGGGCUGCCAGAGACAGACAAGGCCAGUACAGGGCUGCUGUUACCUCCCCUCCCUCAUUACGUGGGCUGUGUAAGGAACCUGCUGAUUAACCGGAGGCACGUGGACCUGCCGCGAGCCGGGACUGCGAGGGGCUCCGUGGGCCUGAAGGGCUGCCCCGUGCUGUAAGUGCCACAUCCAUGCCCAGCCUGAGUGACACAACGCUGCUCCAGGUCCCGGUGUCACCACUCGAUGGCAUCGACCGUGCUCAGACACACUUGAACUCCAGUGACUGCAGGCACAAGUCUGGGCCACACGAGAGGGGCCACGAAUCCAAGGGGAAGGAGGGCAGGGGAGGACGGCUGGGGAGAAGGGGGCACUUUGGGGAUGUUUCACAGAUAGAACCAACAAGUCGGAGUGGGAUGUGGCGACAGGCAAGUCCUUCCCUGGUGGUGAAGCAUCUGCAGCAGGACUUGUGCUGCCAUGUGGCUCGUGAUGGGAGCGACUGCCCGUGACAGAGCGUGGGCUGGAGCACACGGCAGCGUGUCCUGGAUCCUGUUCCCUUCACCCCACACUCACAAUGCACAUAGAUUUAGUUCACAGAACACUCAAGGCUAUUAAUAAACUGUCACAGACUGUCUGCUGAUAAAGGCUGCAGGCAGUUUCUGUUUUAUCAUAAAUGCAAUUAGGACAAACUGGAUUAAUUCUGUCAGUUUUGUGGUUUUAUAAGCAAGGGCACAUUUAACCUCCCCCCGCCAAGGGCAGCCUCAGCUCACCUGCCACGCUACGAAAAGAGCUCUGCAAGGGGGAACUUGGACAAAAUUCUGUUCACAGAAUUAGCAUCUUCUAAUCAGAGUAAUUUAUAAAAAUCAAAAGAAAAGAACAGAAUAUCCUGGGAGAACUGCUGGGGGAAAGCAGAAACACAACCACCACUGACUCUGCAGUUGCAUUCAGCACUGGCAGUACAAUGACUAAAGUCCUGUUGUGUGAAGCAAGAAACUAUUGCUUGAAAGGGAAGAAAUAGAAAGGUUACCUCCACAUCUGGCCAGGUGUGCAAGGUGACACCUGGCCCUCACCCACCCUGGCUCCUGCUCGGCCUCCCUCACACCUGGUGUAGUGCAGCCUUCACUUGAAAACAGCUUUUUUCCCUCCCAAGACACCCAGUUCACUCGUGCACUUACACGUCAUUUAUAUAUUUGUGUGUGUAUAUAUAUAUAUCUGGCCACUUGGGGACAAAAUCUUGCUUCUGAAAUGGACUUGUAACUUAUAUCAUUAUAUUGUGGGGGUUUUUUUUAUGAGGGGUAAAUAUUGUAAAAUGGGUUUUUAACAUGUCCAUCCUAAACAAAUGUAAUUAUGACCUGUUUUUAAAGUUGUAGUAUUAAAAGAUGGUCUUUGUAAAUCA